CCUGGCUGGGGGUUGAGACCGGGAGCAGUCGAAGCCAGCCGAGGGAGCAAAAAAUUACAUCCAGGCCAGCACCACCACUACAGCACCACCACUGCUUAUCAUCAAAACACCCUCAAGCCGGGACACCAACCGAACUCAGCAUUUUCAAGCUAAUAUCACCAGGAACCACCACCAUUAGCACGAUUGUAAGUGAACAUGGCACGUAGGGAUAUCAGGGUAGUAGUUUGUGGAGACGAUGGGGUUGGAAAGAGUACAAUUAUCACCUCAUUGAUCAAAGAGCGCUUUUACGACCUACCACCGGGACUAGUCUUGCCAGAAGUCUCGAUUCCACCCGAAGUGACUCCGGAUAUUACAACCCAUCUAAUCGAUACCUCCUCCCGCCCAGAAGAUCGUUAUCACCUGGAAUCUGAGAUCAGGAAGGCCCAUGUCGUGGUCAUCAUCUACUCCGUUGAGGCACCAGUAUCGUUCGACAGGAUUACAACUUAUUGGCUUCCAACUAUCCGAUCGUUGGGUGUGAAUGUACCGGUCAUUCUCGUGGGUAAUAAACUUGAUCUGAGGGGCGGUAAUGAUGUCUCGAAUGAGGCCUUCCAAUCAGAGCUGGCGCCACUUAUGAGGGAAUUCAAAGAAGUCGAAACUUGUAUAGAAUGCAGUGCCCUGGCUUCAGUUAACAUUAGCGAAACCUUCUAUCUUGCCCAAAAUGCAGUCCUUCAUCCCACCGCACCCCUAUACGACUCCCGAGAACAUAUCAUGAAACCUGCCUGUGUCGAUGCCCUCACUCGGAUAUUCAAGCUUAGCGACACAAACAAAGAUCAAGUAUUAGACGACGAAGAACUGCACGAAUUUCAGAGAAAAUGUUUUGGAGUGCCGCUUCAAUCAAAAGAACUAACAACCAUCAAGACUGAUGUUCUCAAGAGAAAUCCUACAUUUGUCACGAGUGAGGGGCAUAUCACCGAGGAGGGCUUUUUAUUCCUUCAUACAUGCUUUAUUCAAAAAGGGAGAAUGGAGACGGUAUGGGGCGUACUCAGAGCGUUCGGCUAUGGUGACGAUUUGAGCCUGUGUGAAGCAUUUCUCUCUCCGAGAUUUGAUGUCCCGGUGGAUUGUUCAGCCGAGCUCAGCCCAUCGGGAUAUACCUUUUUUACAGAUUUAUUCGAGGCGUUUGACAAGGACUUGGACGGUGCACUUAAUCAUGAGGAAUUAACCAAUCUCUUCUGCACAUCUCCCGGCAAUCCAUGGCUCAACCAUGGUUUUCCCGAUACGACAGUGACUAAUGACGCUGGUGCGGUCACACUGCAGGGAUGGCUAGCUCAAUGGAGCAUGACCACCUUACUAGAUCCACGUGUCACCUUGGCCUACCUUGCCUACCUGGGCUACCCGUCUCCAACCACGACUGCAUUGACCGUCACCAAACCCAGGAAGGCUGAACGGAAAAAGAAAAAUAAGGUUAAUCGUACCACCUAUCUCAUUUACGUCUUCGGUGCUGUAGGCUCUGGGAAAAGCUCGAUCUGUCGUAACUUGGCGGGAAAACGUUACAUAGAGGAAAGCACCCAUUCUGGUAGUCUUACCGUUGUGAACAGUGUAGAAUAUAAAGGAGCGGAAAAAUAUUUGGUCGUUCAAGAAUUUGCAGCUUGGGAAUCGAGUCAAGUUCUGAGGAAUUCUAAGAAACUGGGGAUGGCAGAUGUCUUGGUGUUUGUUUAUGACAGCUCAGACACCAAUUCAUUUUCUUAUAUCAGUAAUCUAAGACAACAAUUCAAAGUCGACCAUGUGCCUACUCUCUUUGUGGCAAGCAAAGCUGACCUGGAUCUUGCCCAACAAAGACAUGAAGUUCAGCCAGACGUUUAUUGUCGAAAAUUGAGCUUGCGCGUCCCGGUUGCUGUCAGUAUGAAGACCGAUCAAAAUGCGGACCUGUGGCCGAUCAUAUGCGACAUUGCGACGAACCCGAACUCGUCGAUCCCGGGAGGGGCUGAGAAGCCGGUGGAUCGAUUGACGUUGUAUCUGUCGAUCGGCGGUCUGAUCGGCGCCGGCUCUGCGCUAGUCUAUGUGGCCUACAAGCAGUGGCAGAAACCUUCUGGUGGUUGGCUCUCUUGGCUAACGACUACGACCGCUAACGUCGCUGACUUGCCUCGAAGAGACUUGUAACAAAAUCAAAUCAAGCUUUCUACCACAUAUAUUCAGUUAUUUAUCUAUCUAUUUCUUUACUAGUAAUCCUGCUUUCAUCUCACCUUUCUUUUGACAGUUUUUUGUUCUGGUGUAAGUAUUUCGAUGCUUUUGUUGAAGCAAGAAGGGUUGGUUUUUAUUCUCUUGUUAUAGUAUAUAUACCACAUUGACCUAGUGGAAGUGUCUAUUG